GCUAUAUUUACAGGGAGAGUUGGGAGACUGUGACUGCAACAACGUGACCCGAGUGGCCAAGUCCGUGAUGGCAAGCACACCGGCCAGCGUCUCCGCCGCUUCCCUCAUCCUCCCUGUCCUCCUCGGCCUCCUCCUCUUGCCACCGCCAUGCGCGGCCGAUUACAUUCUCUACUCGGGCGAGAGCCUUAACAGCGGCCAGUCGCUGCGCUACGGCACCUACAACUUCAUCAUGCAGAACGACUGCAACCUGGUGCUGUACGACAACAACCGUGCCAUAUGGGCGUCCGGCACCAACGGCCGCGGCUCCAACUGCGUCUGCAGGAUGCAGAGCGACGGCAACCUGGUAGUGUACUCCGGCAGCACCGCUGUGUGGGCGAGCAACACCAACAGGGGACGGGGGAACUACGUCUGCAUCCUUCAGAAAGACCGCAACGUCGUCGUCUACGGCGGCUCGCUCUGGGCCACCGGCACCAACAUCGGUUCCGCUCGCGUCAUCAUAGCCGGCAACUCCAGCACCACUGCCGCGCCGGCCGUCGUGGCCACCGCGCCCAAGAACAAGUAAAUCUUGAUGCUGCCGUGUUAGGAGGAUAUGUGGACAAGAUAAAUGGAUGCUUCAUCCAACAAUUAUUGAAUGGUGAAUUAUUAUUUCGCAUG